UGGUGUAGCUCAGCCCAUUCUCCGCACAGGAGGUCAGAAUCCAGGUCUCAGUGGACACAGUUCAGGGCAGCCAUGGCAGAUGGGGGAAAGUAAGGGAAGCCUGGCCUUUCCUCCUUUCCCAGUGAGAAACCUCCCUGCCGCUGAGUCACUUGUCUUUCCAGGGUCCUUUGUGAACACAAGUCUUGGUGGCACAGACAUUGCACGCCAUUGUGUGUCUUUCCUCGUCUGUUGGUGACAUUGAGUUCAUUGUCAUCAGAUCCCAACAACAACAACCUUCCACCUCCAUGAUGGAUGUGGAUUUGGCCAUGAGAGAAGGACGGGAGAGACGUGGUCAGUGCCAAGUGGGCACACAUCCCUGGCCACGGGGGAUAUAAAAGUCACCAUGUGAGCAGCCAGAGCAGACCUUCCUCAGGUGACCUGCCUUGUGUGAGAGCCCAGCUAGCGACUGAAGAUGAAGAGCCUGCUCUUGUCCUUCACACUUCUGGGGCUGGUGUCUGUCCUGAAGGCCCAAGAAGUACCAUCAGAUGACCAGGAGGAUUACUCUGGGACCUGGUAUCCAAAGGCCAUGAUACACAAUGGCAGCCUAUCCAGUCACAGCAUACCCUUGAAGGUUUUCCCUGUGAAGGUAACAGCCCUGGAAGGAGGAGACAUGGAGUCCGACGUUAUAUUCUGGAAGAAUGGUCAGUGUCAUGAGGUUAAAAUCCUGAUGAAGAAAACUGAUGAGCCUGGCAAAUUCACCUCCUUUGACGACAAGAGGUUCAUCUAUAUCACAGCGCUGCCGGUGAAGGACCACUACGUCAUGUACUGUGAAGGCCAUUACCACGGGAAGUUCUUUCGCAUGGGAAAGCUCAUCGGGAGAAACCCUGAGGAAAACCCAGAGGCCAUGGAAGAAUUUAAGAAAUUUGUACUGCGUUAGGGACUCAAGGAGGAAAACAUCAUUGUACGAGAGUUAAAUGGUGGGAACAGGACUGUCCAUGCCUCUCUCUGUGUCCCCGGUGUCACUGCUACCCGUGUGUGGCCACAAACCAUGUCUGUCUCUGUGCUUCUGUGUCCUCUCUGUGCCGGGUCUUAUUGUCCCUUUCGUGUUGUUUGCUGUCUGUCCUUGUUCCCUGUGUCUCUGUGGCAUCUCCAGCAUUUCCUCAGGGUCAUGCUUAACUCAGUGUCACAAUGUCACAAUCUGAGCUCUGUCCCUUGGUGUCCCCAUGCACCUCCAAGUCUCCUGUGCUCUGUCCGCUCUCUCCAUUGCUCUCUCUGUUUCCCUGGUUUCUGCACUGUACCUUCAAGGUCCUGUCACCUCUCCCAGGGUUGCCAGGCCCUGCCUCAGGUUUUGCCUGGGGGAGGGUCUGAGCCUCAGAUGUGAUGCGGUCCUCUACAGGGCCCUUCUCACUCCUGGUCUUCUUUUGGUUUCUACAGAGCACUGUGUGCCUGAAAGCAACUAGGGUAAGUCUCCCCCCACCCCACCGUGUCCCACCUCUAGGAAUGUGGAGAAGCCUAG